UGGUCCAAGGAAAAGACCAAUCUCCACGGUUCAACGGACCAAUUCCCACCGAAACCCCUCCUUCCCUACUUCUCCAAUGGCGUCCUCUCUCUCUCUCUCUCUCUCUCUCUCUCCGUCCUUCAAACCACAUCCUAUCCCCCAAUUUCACUUUCGCCUCCAAUCCAAAUGUAUCCGGUAACUCCUUGCCCAACCCCAAACUCCACAACCGAACGUCGGAGGAGAAAACGUCGUUUCGCUGCGGCCACCGCCGCCCCUACCUCGGCAUUGCGCCGCGAAUCCUCGAGAGGCAAGGCCUGCUACCGCGUGGCUCGGUUCCCAUUGCGAUGCCGUCUAGUAGUUAUGAGAGCGAAUCGCAUUCUCGCGAGCCAGAGAAGGUCCAGGGGCGGAGGAUUUCGAGGCGGAGAGCACAACACCACCAUGUUCGGAACACACAAGUACUGCAUAGUGCAUACUACAAAUUUUGGGAGAGCUUUUCUGUUCAUCCUCACCUAAGGCGAGGUUAACCAUACGCAAAAUUGGUGAGGUCAUUUCCUAUGCUACGAUGGAACUUUCCAAGAAUCAAUUUUCAAAUAUCUUCCAAGGUCCACCAAUGUCGAAAGAUUAGUAAUGCCAGCGAAGGUCUAUCUAUUUGUCAAUCUUCACAGGGCCACAAGUUCCCCUUCGAGAUACUUAUAAUUCGCUUGGGACUAGGGGGGCAUGUACUAAACCAGAGCAUAGGAAAACUUUGGCCUGCAACCACAGGUUCUUGCUUUUUAGAUCAGAAAUCCAGGUUCUCUCUCUGUUUCUCCAACAGUUGUGCUAAUCUCUCUCUCUCUCUCUCUCUCUCUCUCUCUCUCUCUCUCUCUCUCUCUCUCUCUCCCUCUCCCCCUAUUAAGUACAUAUCUGCAUAUGUUUGUAUACAUAACCUCAUUGUGUGCUACUCCUCUUAAGGAAACAAGUUUUUCUAGUCAUCUCUGCUAAUCAACCAUUUUGUAGCCAGAUUUUACAGACUCCAAAAAGAAUCUUCUGGAUGGCUGAAAGGGGUGGAUUCAUGUCUGCUGAUGAGAAUGAAAUCUCAAAUUCUCCAAGAAGAAGGCGGCGACUUGCAUCUUCCCAGACUCUAAGGCUUGAAGCGUAUUUUGAGGAAUGCCAACAUCCAAAUGAAAGGCAACGACUUCAACUGGGAAGGGAACUGGGACUCACACCUACACAGAUCAAGUUCUGGUUUCAGAAUAAGAGAACUCUAGUGAAGGCACAAUAUGAGAGGCUUGAAGGCAAUGCUCUUCGGGCAGAGAACAAUAGGCUCAAGUGUGAGAACCUUGCCUUUGGAGAUGCACUGAAGGUGAAGUCCUUAUGCACACCGUGCAAGGGUUUGCCCUUUAGCAAAGAAAAGAAUCAUUCAAUUCUGGAGGACCUUUGGACAGAAAAUGCCAUACUAAACAAAAAGUAUGAAAAACUCAGCAAACUUGUUGUCAAUAUGGGCAUUUCGGGUUCAAAAGUCCACUCACCCGGCUCUGGACCUUCACGGGAUGCAUCGAUAGGAGGUUUCCCGGGACCAAGGAUGGGAAUGCUUUCACUUGAUCACAAUAUUUGCUCCAGAAACUUUAGACAUCCCAACUUUUUGUGCGACUUGAAGGAGAUGAAAGAAUCUGACAAAUUAGGAAUGUUUCAAACUGUUGUCAAUGCUGUUAAUGAAGUGGUUAGCCUUUUGUCCAUUGAGCCUCUAUGGAUUAAGGACCCUACUGAUGGGAGAUAUGUGAUUCACCGUGACAACUAUGGAAAGUCCUUUCCAAGGAUUAAUCACCUAAAAGGUUCACGUCCUCAAUUCGAGUCAUCAAAGGAUGAGGGCAUUGUAAGAAUGCAUGGAUCACAAUUGGUUGGCAUAUUAAUGGACUCGGCUAAAAGAGCGAAUUUUUUCCCUACAAUCAUCACAAAAGGAAAGACAAUUCAAGAACUUGACGCUCAAUCAGGAAACCUGAAUGGUUCAUUACAACUGGUACAUGAACAACUGCAUGUACUCUCACCUCUGGUGGCACCUCGAGAAUUCUACUUGCUUCGUUACUGUGAGCAAUUCAAUGAAGGUGAAUGGAUAAUAGUAAAUGUAUCGCAUGACUUCUUCAAUGAGAGCCAACAAUCUUCCCCUUUCCGCUCUUGGAGGCUGCCUUCCGGAUGCUUUAUCAAAGAUUUGUCAAAUGGGUGUUCCAAGGUUACUUGGGUGGAACAUGUUCAAGUUGACGAAAAGGCCCUGACUCAUCCUCUUUAUAGGGAUUUGAUUUUCCAUGGUUUAGCAUAUGGAGCAGAGCGAUGUCUUCUCACUCUUCAGAGAAUGUGUGAAAGAUUUGCAUUUGGGAUGGGCAGAACUGCUGUCAGUCAAGAAACUGGGGUAAGUACACCUGAAGGUAGGAGAAGCAUAAUGAACCUGACACAUAGGAUGGUCAAGUACUUGUGUGCAAAUUUAACCAUGAAACGCAAACUGGAAAUCCCUCAGCUAGCCGAACUGAAUAGUGGUGGAAUUCGAUUCUCCAGUCGCAAGAGCACAGGACUAGGUCAACCCAGUGGCUUGAUUGUCAGUGCUGCUACCUCCCUUCGGCUCCCACUGCCGUAUCAAGCUUUGUUUGAUUUCCUUAGUAACACAGAGAUGCGAUCCCAGUGGGAUGCAAUGUCUAAUGGAAACCCAUUCCAAGAGAGUGCAAGAAUCUCCUAUGGAGAUCAUCCAGGAAACCACAUAUCCAUCAUCCAGCCUUUCUUUCCUUGUGAGGGCAAUAUGCUGGUGCUUCAGGAGAGCUGUGUCGAUCCCCUGGGAGCAAUGAUUGUCUAUGCUCCCAUUGACAUACAAUCUGUACAAAUGGCAGUAAGUGGUGCAGACUCCUCCGGCAUACCUAUUCUUCCAUCAGGGUUCAUAAUCUCCAGUGAUGGCCAUCCUCACACGGGGGCUAAUGGAGCUUCAAGCAGCACUUCUACUGCAAACCCCAUGUCCAGUGGUUCACUUCUCACAGUGGCUUUCCAGAUUUUAACAGGUGGUGAUAUGCAGUUGGUGACUGGUCUCAAUGCUCUCGUGAGCUCAACUAUCCAGAAUAUUACCUCUGCUUUGAACUGCACCAGCUUGAAGUGACCUGCUAGCAGUUUUAUGUGUUUUUGUGCAUCUGCGAGAGUUUUUUUCGUUUUCUUUUCCAUUUUGUUUUUCUUUAGUCUGUGUUGGGAUUGUUGAAUGAAAGAGGUAUUUAGGGAGAGAAAGGAAAGGUACGUGUUGAAGAAGACAUUAAUUUUACGAAACUAAAUUAUGUCUUCGGUUUCACAAUCAUUUUCCUUUCCCUUGGUAAAUAUCUCCACAAAUCGAUGAUCCAAACUCAGCCUAACAGAAUGGUCGGUCAUGGAAUUGCUGCUUGUGGUUUAAUAAGUUAAUUAUGGUUGCUUGGACAAAGGUUUUUAUGUAUUUCUUUGUUUUAUUCCCUUUGCUGCUUGGUUUCUUUGUUAUUUCUUUCACCAUUUGGAUCCUACCUUUGUUUUAAGAACUGUGGAAUUGUUUUUGGACC